AUGGGAUAUAACAAGUUUGAAGGCAAAAUCCCAAGUGCGAUUGGGCAACUUCGAGAACUCACUGAACUCGAUCUCAGUUGGAAUGGGUUCAAUGGUACCAUUCCAUCCUCUCUUUGGAGGCUGAGUGAGUUGAAAUCCUUGGAUCUAUCUGGCAAUCCAUUGAGUGGGGAGCUGCGUGACAUUCACUUUGCCAAACUGGCACAACUGAAAAUAUUACACUUAUCCUCCCCUCUACUUGCUCUGAAUGUGAGUUCCUCGUGGGUCCCACCAUUCCAGCUUCAAGUUAUAAGAAUGCGUUCCAUCAAGAUAGGUCCCAAAUUUCCUCUCUGGCUUCAAACUCAGAAAACAGUCGAAUAUUUGGUCAUGUCAAAUGCAAGCAUCUCAGAUACUAUCCCAGAUUGGUUUGUGAGAGUGUGUCAUGGUAUAAAACAUUUGAAUUUCUCCAACAAUUACAUGAUAGGAAAACCACCUGUGUUCAACGGUAAUAGAGGUUAUAAAUACAGACGAAAAUUUUCUUUGGCGUCCAACAAAUUUGAGGGGCCUUUGCAAUUGUUACCAACAGAUAUUGCUGAAUUGCAUCUCCAAAAUAACUCACUGCAAGGGAUUAUUCCACAGCCCAACAUUAACAAGACAUUGGAUAUUCUUCGAGUACUAGAUCUUAGUGAUAACCACUUCAAUGGCAGCAUCCCUGAUUCUUUGUGUAGUUUACAAAUGCUUGUUGUCCUGGAUCUUUCAAACAACCAGCUCUCCGGAAGGAUCCCUUCAUGCAUUGGUAAGCUUAAAACAUUGGGUGUGCUAAAUCUAGCAAACAACAGUCUCUGUGGGCACAUUCCAAUUUCAUUGGGGCAUCUCAAUGGUCUCCAGUCUUUGCAUUUGGACCGAAACAAGUUUACGGGGAUGGUCCCAUUCUCGCUCAGACAUCUGAAAAUUUUGCAGUUUCUUGAUGUUGCAAAAAAUGGACUGGAGGGCAUUAUACCAUCUUGGAUUGGGGAUGAACUAUCUAGUCUGAAGAUCCUUGUGCUUGAAUCUAAUAAUUUCCAUGGUGACAUUUCCAUGAGCCUCUGCAAAUUAUCAUCCCUUCAGGUUUUAAAUUUGAAAGACAACAACUUAACUGGACAUAUACCUCGCUGUUUCAACAACUUUACAGCAAUGACAGUGACAGAAUUGGACUCUACAGGUAUUUAUGUCGGCAUUUAUGUCCUGCUUAAAGUCAGUUGGCUAGAUACCUAUAGUGAAGAUCUUUCAGUUUUCAUCAAAGGUGGAAUGUUGAACUACACCUCGACGAAUGUGGCAUAUGUUAGAUUCAUGGGGCUCUCAGGAAAUAAACUAAGUGGGGAAAUACCUAUUGAGUUAAUGUCUCUUGUUGGAUUGCAAGGUUUGGAUUUAUCUAGAAACCAUCUAAGUGGAAGAAUCCCAGAAAACAUUGGGAACUUGAACCAACUUGAGUCUCUAGAUUUAUCCAAAAAUGAUCUUUCUGGUCCAAUUCCCCAAAGUUUGUCGAACCUAGAUUCUCUGGGCUGGCUGAACUUGUCGUUCAACAAGCUAACCGGUCGAAUUCCAUCCGGACGUCAUCUGCAGACAUUAGACGACCCAACCAUUUACAUGGGAAACAGUGGGCUUUGUGGUGAACCGCUAGACAAAAGCUGCCCUGAUGGUAAAUCAAAUGCCAGAGAAUCUGAUGGUGAUCAUGAGGAUGGCAAGGAGUCUUAUUUUGGUUGGUUUUAUGCUGGUUUGGGACCUGGUUUUGCUGUUGGACUCUUGGGAUUCUUCAGUGUCCUAUGUUUCAAGAAGUCAUGGCGCUAUGCAUACUUCGGAUUUCUGGAGAACUUGUUGAAUAAAGUAUCGGUAGAAAUUGAAUUGCUAAAAAGGAAGUUUGAUUGA